AUGGGAAACAGGCAGUCAAAGGUAAAAAAAUCUCCCCACGAAAUCCUAAGCUUGUCUCCUGUAUCUACCAAGAAGGAAGUGAAGGAUCGCUAUAGAACCCUCAUACUCGAGACCCACCCAGACGCACAGAAGGUCCAUUCCUCUCAGGCGCCGAAGGAGGCAAUGGAGAUAAUGGAGGCAUACACAUCCAUCAUAAGGUCUCCCCCGCAAUUCGAGUUCUACACAGAGGAGCUCUUCCGAGAAGACCUUAGGAAGUAUGCUGAAGACUUCUUUGAGAGGAUAUGCGACUACUGUAGAAUCCCCGGCGCACCAAAAUUCAGCGAUCCAGACUUCGAAAGGUUUUACCAGAUAUUCACCAACUUUAGAACUCAAAAGGAAUUUACCACCGAGGAAGAGAAAAGCGAGUUCUGCAGGAACGUCAGGAAGGUGGCAAGAGUUGUAAGGAGCCUGGACAAAAGAAUCAAUAUAGAUAGCUUUUCUGUCGAAAUCAAUGUCAAGCCUCCCAGGCCGAAAGAAAGAAAGGUCAAGGACCAUCCUUUCAACUGUAGUCACUGCAACAAGGGAUUCCAUUCUCGAAACCAGAUCAUAGACCAUUUCAGAAGCAGAAAGCACUUUGAAAGAAUAAGCAUGGUUUCUGGAGAUCCAAAGAAGUACAUAGAAAAUCAGGUGCAAGAGAUUUCCUGCCAGAACGAAUCUGAAACAGCCCAAAAGCCUUGCAUGGAAAAAGAGCCAGAAGCUGUGGAAGUCCACGAGGUCAAAGAGAAGAAUGCCGCUAAGAAAACAGGCUCCAGACAAGAACCCGCUCCGUUUAGAACAUGUGCAGAGUGCAGAAUUGUGUUUUCUAGUAGAUCAGAGUUACUCAUGCAUCUGAAAACAGGCCACAGGGAACUCUAA